CACCCCUCCACCAGCGCCCCUUUGGGCUCAGCACCAGCAGUUCCAGGCGCCUGCUGCGGCCAGGCCGGGCGUUUUAUAUCCGAUGCCACCAGUGGAGAAGGAGGUGCCAUUGGCCCCGUUUUAUGGAUGAGGAGAGUAAAGGCCAGAAAAGUGCUGGGAGCUGGGUGCUGGGUGCUGCAGGUCCACCUGAGGCAGGGCCAGGCCUUCCCCGCCCCCAAGAUGGAAGGACCCACCUGGCCACGGCACAGCUGUGAACCCCGUGGCCCCACGGCCCAGCAGGGACCGCACAUGUCCUGGGCAAGUCCCAGCCCACGGCAGCACCCCCCACCCUCUGCACGGAACCCGGGAGACUCAGCUGGGGGUGUCCUCGCCCCGACCUCUGAGCGGCCUGUGCCAGGACCCUGGUUUCCUUGGGUGGAGACCCUGCCUCCGGGUGCCACGAGGCACGCAGACUCCGUCUUUGCCGGCUGGGACAGGAGAAAGCAGCUACCCCUGUGCCUGUGCCUGGGCAGGGAUGGAGCUGGGUUCCAGGCGGGCGGAGGCGCCCUGAUGACGUCGUGUCUGAACUGCUCCAGCCCUGAAGCUGGGUGCAGGGUCCGCCCAGCCGCUUUGCUGCUCCUCCCCACACCCCCUCCACCUCCCACCCCCACCGGGACCUCAGAGCCCCCUCCUCCAGGCCACAGCAUCAGCCAUGCGCCCACUUCACAGAUCCAACUCCCAGCGCCCGCACCUUCCGAACCACCAGCCCCAGGACAAAGCCGAGUGGAGGCGCGUCCCGGGGUCGGGGCACAGGAUGCAAACGCAGGCCAGCUUGCGGCCGGUCCCGGGUGGGUACAGGGUACUUUGCGGGCCGAGGGUGUCACCAGAGAACCCCACGAACUCGGGAAGCGCCGCUCGGCUCGGCAGGGUCCUGCGUGGGAGUUGGGGGGACUUGCCAUCAUCUCUCCCGCCCCAGGAGGAGGGCCCCCCACUCCCGAGGGCGCCGGCCGGCUGUGGCCAGGGGAGCUGUCCCUGGUGCUGGUGGACGGCGCGGCCCUGAGCAGGAAUGGGGGGCUCCCCGAGGGCCUGGGGGCGCCCCCUCCCCUGGCACCACCGUGGGCCACGCGGGCUCAUCCCGGCCGCUGAGUCUGGCGCCUGGUCCUGGGCCUUUUCCCC